AACUCUGGUUUAGUAUUUAUUUUGUUUAAGCUUCUCUCGACGCGGCGUUUGCUGUUAGUGUUUGUGAUUGUUUCUGUAAACAGAAAGCUGCUAGUGGCAACAUGAUCAAUCUGCAUAAUAAUUUGUUUAAAAAACAUAAACAUUAAAAUUUGAAUAACGCAGAUACAGAAACCGUUCACGUUCGCUGGCGCACUUUAAUUCAUCUCAUGUGCAGUGGAGUAUUAUCGUACGCAGCUCUCUUGCUUUCGCUAACUGAUUUUUCUAUACUUUUGUUUCGGUUGCGCACACGUACUUGCACACCACACUUUUGUCAAUACGGUGGGCCGGCAGUUUGAUACGAAUAUUUAAUUCAAACUGAGUUUCGGUAAAGCUCGAUUCGUGAAUGCAGUGGGAGAAUUGAAAGUCACACACAAGAAAUAAUUAUAACAACAAGCAGUAUUAAUUAAAUACAAGGCGAACAAUCCAAUUUCCAUAUUAGCCCAAGUUAUGAAAGAAACCAAUGCAAAACUGAAGCAAAUGAACGCUAAACAGAUAAUUUAUUAAAUGCGGCUUAUCUUAAUGCCUUUUUUGGGUUUUGAUAGAAACCAGGAAAUUCGGCCUGCGUAACCACAGGAGCCAAAGGGGCCAAGCAGCUUGAGGCAGCAACAACAACUUCAACAGGAGCAGGACACAAAGUGUAUCAAUUAUAAUACGGGUGCAAAGGCAAACGACCAACAACAACAACAGCUACAACAAUGACAACAGCAACAACAACAACAACAACAGCGUCUACAACCACAAUAACCUCAGAUCCGGGCAUUCUGUGUUUUCAUCACUGCAAUGUGAAAGUUUUCUGCUUCACUUUGCCACACAGUUGCCCCCAUUGCAACGCGCAACUGGAUGCGGAUGCGAAUGCCGCUCCAGACGCAACUGGAGAUGCCAACACUACCAUGACAAUUACGAGGCUACUGCCCUUUCGUUUACCCUAUCCCUUCGUCCGUGCCACACAACAUCCCUGUGCAAUUGUCCUGCGACCCUCAACGGGCGAUUUUCUCAACGAUUACAGCAACGCGACAGAUUUGCAUAUCGCGGUGACCACUUCCGCCGGCGACAUUGUCGAGUUCGAUAGGUACGGGCUACGGCGGCAUCGACGCGAAGAUAAUCCCCGCGACUGGUGGCAAUCGCUGCUGGUUGGCGAUUUACCGGAGCCCUGGUACGACUACUGGGACGAGAUGCUCGAGCAGAUAUGCGGACAGUCAUCGCGAUGGUCGAUUGUCAGCUACGAGGAGAGCAGCCACAAUUGUUACACAUUUGUGUUGGCCUUCCUGCAGGCUCUGGGCCAUGCCCAGCUCAGCGAUGCGGCCCGCACAAAGACCAGCUUUUGCGAGAAGUAUAUUGUGCCCCGGACCACCACCGCCGGCAAAUAUAUCUCCCUGUAUCGCAGACUCCGUUUGGCGGGCAUCCAUGUGCAUCGGCAGCAACCCAAGCAAUCCAAACAACGUUCCCCCAAAGCGGAGAUCUGCGAUGGCCUAGACAGCAAGCUGGCUACCAACAAAACAAAGUUGGCCAACAAUAUGACUGCACGUUGGCAUAUACGUCAAAAGCUCUGUACCAUCGAGGAGUGACCCAAAGUCCGAUUAGAGUUUCACAAAUACGGAGUAUACUCCCAAUCAAAUCUCAAACUUUCUGAAAAAAAUUGUAGUCUAAGAUCAAAUAGGAUAUUUUAUUCAACUAAAUAGUUUUUUGUUCCUACAAUUUAUAUAACUUUUGUAUUAUACGACAUACCCUAAAUACUUAUUAUAGUUUGUACACUUUGGGUUUAUUUUAUUCUUCUUUAUGUAUAUAAUAAUUCGAAAAUAUUUGCAGAAUUCUUUGUUUAAGAAUGGGCGAAAUAUUUAGUAAACCGUUUAGUAUUUUAUGUGAUUUUAAACAGUGAUUUUGAAAAUAAAUAAAAUGUAACGUG